CACACACACACACACACACACACACACAUACAAACCGAGGGAGCUGGAGGAUCUCGUUUACACUCGGGUGAUUUUCGGCAUCGCAUCCGGUCGACACAGAGAUACAGAAGAAAAGAGGAAACCCAAGAUCGAGGAGCAGCUGGACACCAGGUCGACCGGAGAAACCAGACUGUUGUCAGAGAAAUCCAGGUGGUGGUGGAUGUUUGUGCUGUGAGAAGAUGAACCAGAUGGAGUCUGAAGAAAAUCUGCUGUAUGUUUCACUGCUGCUGCUGCUCUUUGGAUCGCAAUUCACACUGGUGGGUCCUGCCGCCCCUGAGGAGAGCUGGCAGGUGUACAGCUCAGCUCACGACACCGUGGGGCGCUGCGUCUGUACCGUGGUUGCUCCCCAGGCAACGACCUGUUCCAGAGACGCUCGAACCAAACAGCUCAAAUACCUGCUGGAAAAGGUCCACAACAUGAGCCAGUCUAUUGAGGUACUGGACCAGCGAACUCAGAGAGAUCUGCAGUUUGUGGAGGGAAUGGAAUUUCAGCUGAAGGAUUUGGAGAACAGAUUCAAACUGGUAGAGGACGGACAUGAGACCAAUAUCGCCCGACAGUAUAAGUUCAUCAAGGCCAAGAUGGAGGAGCUACGUCCUCUCAUCCCCAUCCUGGAGGCGUACAAGGCUGACGCGCUGCUGGUGCGGCAGUUCAAAGAGGAGGCGGCAAAUGUGACAGAACUGUUGGGAUCGCUGCAGGAACAAAUGGGAGGAAUGGACUACCAGGAACUCCACAGUCGGGUGUCCAAUCUGGAGGACAGACUGAAAGCCUGCAUGCAGAGACUGGCCUGUGGGAAAUUGACAGGGAUCUCUGAACCAGUCACCAUCAAGACCUCAGGAUCCAGGUUUGGAUCGUGGAUGACUGACCCACUGGCCCCGACCGGAGACAACAGAGUUUGGUACAUGGACGGCUACCACAACAACCGCUUUGUUCGGGAGUAUGAGUCCAUGUACGACUUUAUGAACACGGAGAACUUCACCUCUCACCGCCUGCCCCACCCAUGGUCAGGCACCGGUCAGGUGGUUUACAAUGGCUCAGUUUACUACAACAAGUUCCAGAGUCACACCAUCAUCAAGUUCGACCUGAGAACGUCGCUUAUCAGCCGCUCCAAACAGCUGGACUUCGCCGGUUAUAACAACAUGUACCACUACUCCUGGGGCGGCCACUCAGAUAUCGACCUCAUGGUAGAUGAGGAUGGCCUCUGGGCCGUGUACGCGACCAAUCAGAACGCUGGAAAUAUUGUGCUGAGUCAGUUAAACCCAAAUACUCUGCAGAUUGUCCGCAGCUGGUCCACCAAUCACCCGAAACGCAGCGCAGGUGAGGCGUUCAUGAUUUGUGGAACCCUGUAUGUUACUAACGGUUACUCGGGCGGAACCAAAGUGUACUACGCGUACUCGACCAACUCCUCCACGUAUGAGUACAUCGACAUCCCUCUGACUAAUAAAUACAGCCAUUUAUCGAUGCUCGACUACAACCCCCGUGACAGGGCGCUGUACGCCUGGAACAACGGCCACCAGGUCCUUUAUAACGUCACACUCUAUCACAUCAUACAGUGAUUAUGAAAAUUCACAACAAUUCACAAUUAGCCGCGUAUAAAAUAAGUGAAUUGUUCACGCCUUAUCUGAUUUGGAGACAAAUAAACAGAUUUUUUAGUUCUAGUUGGAAAAGUUGAUUCUAAGAAAAUGAUUAAUAAUAAAAAUCUGUUUAAUUAUUUAAAAGAAAAAAAAAGCAAAUUAGUUCCACUUUUCGACAAACGUAUUUCUAUUAAUUAAACAAACAAUUAAACAAUUAGAAAUUGAUUCUAGAAAGAUGUAAAAACAGUAAGGACUGAGGAACAGGAAACAGUGGCCUCUACUGUCAUAAUGACGUAAUGAUAAACAGUAACACGUGCUGGAGACUGUUAACUUAGAUCAUUGAUGUCUUUUUUAAGCACUAUAAAAUAAUUUAAUAAAAAAAACAUAUAAACAUAGCAGAGUAGUAAUUCACCUGGUAUUUUGAGCAUUAAAACUGCAGUUUUUGACACCAAGGCACUUGAAACACAUCAGCGAUGCGUUAGUACAC